AUGGAUCCGAUAAAGUAUAUAUUUGAAAAGCAUAUUGUUACUGGUAGAAUUGCUCGGCGGCAAAUGUUGUUAACCGAAUAUGAUAUCCAGUACGUGACUCAAAAAGCAAUAAAAGGGAGCGUUCUGUAUGACUACCUUGCUCAUUUACCUGUGGAGGGUUAUCAACCGUUGAGGUUUGACUUUCCAGAUGAAGAUAUCAUAUUUAUCAGAGAUUUCACUAUUCCAGGCCCCGAGGAAGGCCCUGAACCAGGAUCACAAUGGACGCUCGUGUUCGAUGGUGCUUCCAAUGCUCGUGGUCAUGGAAUAGGCGCAGUUAUUACUUCUCCAACUGGCUUCCACCUUCCAUUUACCUCUAGAUUAUACUUUGACUGCAUCAACAAUAUGGCAGAAUAUGAGGUAUGUAUAUAUGGUAUGGAGGCGGCCAUUGACUUCAGGAUCAAGAUUCUUGAGGUAUACGGAGAUUCAGCUCUGGUAAUAAGUCAGGUAAAAGGUGAUUGA